CACGCCAUUUCUCUCCUACCCUCUUCAGGAAGCUUGCUCUACCACUAACUCGCCUUUCUUUACCUACAUUCUCACCCACCACCAACCGCAAAAAGCCCUAAAGCAAACGCAGAACGCAAGAAAGAAGCAGAACUUGAAGAAAAGAAGCAGCAGCAUAACUGAGCGCUCUUUCUAUUCCUCUUUUUCUCUUCUCUUGCCACCAUUUAAAAGCUUUUUGUGGUUGGUUAGUAAGUUAUUUGAUUAAAUAAUACCAUGCAACCUUCAACUGGUUCAAUGAAGAUAUCACCGUUUGAUCUGAUGUCGGCAAUUAUUAAAGGCAAUAUAGACCCGACGAAUGUGUCGUCGGAAUCGGGAGCUGUUGAGGUAGCCACUAUGUUUCUUGAGAAUCGUGAAUUUGUUAUGAUUUUAACGACGUCGAUCGCUGUUUUGAUUGGCUGUGCGGUGGUGUUGGUGUUGAGAAGAUCUAGUGGUCAGAAAUCUAAGACUGCCAUUAUUGAACCUCCUAAACCGUUGAUUGUAAAGGAGCCUGAACCUGAAGUUGAUGACGGCCAGAAAAAAGUUACUAUAUUCUUUGGUACUCAGACUGGAACUGCUGAAGGAUUCGCUAAGGCUUUGGCUGAAGAGGCAAAAGCACGGUAUGAAAAAGCAACAUUCAGAGUUGUUGAUUUAGAUGAAUUUGCAGCUGAUGAUGAUGAGUACGAAAGGAAAUUGAAAAAGGAGUCUUUAUGUUUGUUUUUUGUCGCUACUUAUGGAGAUGGUGAGCCAACUGAUAAUGCAGCCAGGUUCUAUAAAUGGUUUACAGAGGGAAACGAGAGAGGAGAAUGGCUUCAGAACCUUAAGUUUGGAGUGUUUGGCCUCGGUAACAAGCAGUACGAACAUUUUAAUAAGAUUGGUAAAGUGUUGGAUGAGAUUCUUGCUGAGCAGGGUGCAAAACGCCUUGUCCCAGUGGGUCUUGGAGAUGAUGACCAAUGCAUUGAGGAUGACUUCACUGCUUGGAAGGAAUCACUAUGGCCUGAGUUGGAUGAGCUACUCCGGGAUGAGAAUGAUGCCCCAGCUGUUUCUACGCCCUAUACAGCUGCUGUAUUAGAAUAUAGGGUUGUAUUUUAUGAUCCUGAAAAUGCACCUGUAGAGGAUAAAAACUGGAGUAAUGCAAAUGGGCAUGCUGUUUAUGAUGCUCAACAUCCAUGCAGGUCUAAUGUUGUUGUGAGAAAGGAACUUCAUACACCUGCAUCUGAUCGUUCUUGCACCCAUUUGGAGUUUGACAUUGCUGGCACUGGACUCACAUAUGAAACUGGGGAUCAUGUUGCUGUAUACUGUGAGAAUCUUGAUGAAAUUGUAGAGGAAGCAUUGCAGUUGUUAGGUUUGUCACCAGAUACAUAUUUCUCCGUACAUACUGACAAAGAGGAUGGCACACCCCUUGGCGGAAGUUCCUUGCCACCCCCUUUUCCACCAUGCACCUUAAGAACAGCUCUCAAAAGAUAUGCUGAUCUUUUGAGUUCGCCCAAAAAGUCUUCUUUACUCGCUUUAGCAGCUCAUGCUACUGAUCCAACUGAAGCUGAUAAACUAAGGCACCUUGCUUCACCUGCUGGAAAGGAUGAAUAUGCACAAUGGAUUGUUGGCAAUAUGAAAAGCCUCCUUGAGGUCAUGGCCGAAUUUCCAACAGCCAGACCCCCUCUUGGUGUCUUCUUUGCCGCAGUUGCUCCUCGCCUGCAGCCUAGAUACUAUUCUAUCUCAUCAUCCCCAAGUAUGGCACCAUCUAGAAUUCAUGUUACAUGUGCACUGGUUCUUGAGAAAACACCAGCUGGACGGGUACACAAAGGAGUGUGCUCAACUUGGAUGAAGAAUUCUGUGCCUUUGGAGAAAAGCAGUGAAUGCAGUUGGGCACCCAUUUUUGUUCGUCAAUCAAACUUUAAGCUUCCUUCAGACACCAAAGUCCCCAUUAUUAUGAUUGGCCCUGGCACUGGUCUAGCUCCUUUCAGGGGUUUCUUGCAGGAAAGGUUAGCCCUGAAAGAAUCUGGAGCAGAACUGGGAUCCUCCAUAUUAUUCUUUGGUUGCAGGAACAGUAAGAUGGAUUACAUCUAUCAAGAUGAACUCAGCAACUUUGUUGGAAGUGGUGCACUUUCUGAGUUGGUGGUUGCAUUUUCACGUGAGGGACCUACCAAGGAAUAUGUGCAGCAUAAAAUGAUGGAGAAGGCUUCAGAUAUCUGGAACCUGAUUUCUCAGGGAGCAUAUAUAUAUGUCUGUGGUGAUGCCAAAGGCAUGGCUAGAGAUGUUCAUAGAACACUCCACACAAUUGCACAAGAGCAGGGAUCUCUCAGCAAUUCCCGGGCCGAAAGCAUGGUCAAGAAUCUGCAAACGAGUGGCAGGUAUCUGCGUGAUGUAUGGUGAUGAUUGAACCUUCCAAUCGUCGAGAUAAUAGUAAAACAUACUUGGUAAUAUAUAAAUACUGAAGCCAUCCAUGUUUGGGAUGAAGAAAAUUAUUUGAUGACUAGUCGGCAAUUUCUGCGUCAUCAUCCCCGCGAGAGUGCCACCGGAAGGUGUUGUUAUGACACUUGUGAUUCUUUUGUGCUUCGGAUUUUUUUGUUCAAUGUAAUUUAUGUAUACAAGGUAUAAUAAUAAUAAUAAUAAUAAUUAUGAGUAGCUCUAAUUAGCUUUAUGAGUUAUAAUUUUGUUUGUACGAGGCGACAAUGGUCUCAAAUGACAUUCAAAAAUGUAGUUGUUUGGAUGGAAUAUAAUUAUGAGUUUUCAAGUUUGGCAUU